AUGACAAUCAAUAAUUCUGAGAAUCUGAGAACCACGAUUGGUACUUCACCAUCUAUUGUUCAAGUUGAUGUAAAUGGAACUCAAUCUGCACCUGUCACGGAUUAUAAUCAUCCUCUAUAUCUACACUCGACUAAUGUAAGUGGCAUUUCUCUCAUCUCCUUACAAUUAACUGGUUUAGAGAAUUAUUCUUUAUGGAAUAGUGUUCAAGAUGUUUGGGAAGAUAUGAAAGAAAGAUUCAAUAAGGUGGAUGGAUCAAGAUCAUUUAGCCUACAUCAAGAAAUUGUAAGACUAACUCAAGGAACAACGUCUGUGGCAACUUACUUCACAAAGCUGAAAGAGCUUUGGGUUGAAUUAGAGGCACUAGUGCCAUUACCGGGCUACAAAUAUGAUAAGUUAAGGGAGUUUGUAGCUUAUCUUCAAAGACAUAAAUUAUAUCAGUUUCUAAUGGGGUUGAAUGAUCACUAUCUACAAGCUAGGAGUCAGAUAUUUCUGAAUAAACCAAGCAUAUGCUUAAUAAUCAGUGAUGAGUCACAAAAGACUUUGGGAACAGUCUCCAGCUCAGUUGGUCUAUUAGGUACUAUGCCUACUCUUGAUUCUACUGCAAUGUACUCUAAGACAGUAUAUCAAGGUCAGAAGUUAAGAAAAACCAAUAACUUGUAUUGUGAUUACUGCAAGAUAAGAUUUCACACCAGAGAAAAUUGUUAUAAGCUGAAAAGAUAUCCUCAAGAAUCAAAUUUUAAAAGAAAAGGAGGACCAGGUGGUUCAUCUGCUGCUUACAAUGUGUUCUCAGAAGAAGCCAGUGAUCAGCUGACACAACUUGAUAAUCAAGGGAACAAUAAAGCCAACAGAGUACACUAUACAGAGACACCUGCACAAAUGGCUCAAAUGAAUCAGCUCCCAGAACAGAUAACCCAGACUGGAGCAUGUGCUUUCACUCAGUCUCAAUAUGAACAAAUUGUGCAACUACUUAAUCAAAGUCAGCUGCAAAGUGCAAAUUCUCAUACUGCUUCCUAA